GUGCUCGGCUCCGGCUGGUGCGCGCCUGCGUGACGUCACUGGUGUGAAGAAGAUGGCGGCGCUCGUGAAGGCGGAAGUGUCGCAGUUUCGUCCUCCCUGGAUCAUGUGACUGCCUCCUGCAGACCGGAGGAGUGUGUGAACUUCACCAUGAACAACAAGGACGCAACGACUGAGUCCGAGUCCAGCGGUCAGAUGAAAGCCUUCUUACCCAAUAAGCUGCUGGAGUGUUUGCCUCGCACCACCACUUUCCCCAAAGAGAGACUGCGCUGGAACACCAACGAGGAAAUUGCAUCGUUCCUGAUUUCGUUCGACAGACAUGACGAGUGGCUUUCUUGCAUGCUUAAGACCAGGCCACAGAACGGUUCAGUCAUCCUGUACAAUCGCAAGAAGGUCAAAUACCGGAAAGAUGGAUAUUGCUGGAAGAAGAGGAAGGACGGAAAGACGACCAGAGAGGAUCACAUGAAACUGAAGGUUCAGGGCAUGGAGUGUCUUUACGGUUGUUAUGUUCAUUCCUCCAUCGUCCCAACAUUCCACAGGAGAUGCUAUUGGCUGCUGCAGAACCCAGACAUUGUUCUCGUGCACUAUCUGAACGUGCCGUCGCUGGAGGACAGUGUGAAGUCGUGUGCUCUGACCGACCGCAGGGACACUCUGCGCUGGAGCCAAGACGAACUGCUGUCUCAACUCAAACCCAUGUUCCACAGUAUGAAAUGGUCUUGUGAAGGCAACGGUUCUGUCGAGCUCUCAGUGGAGCAGAUGGUGCAACAGAUCCUAGAAACACAACAGACCAAACCACACACAUCUCCCGGAUCCAACAUUCCUCACCGCUGCAACAGCACCAAACAUCGCAUCAUCUCACCCAAACUGCCCACCCCUCACCCCGCCCUCAGCGAGCUGCAGAAUCUGGCCAAUGAGGGCUCCGGAGCGGAGGCGGGGCUAGAGGUGGGCCCGGGCGAUGCUUUAGUCGCUGUCAUGCCUUCAGAGAGGAAGCAGCUCUCUGGUGCGCCAGAAGAUGGUGGGCGGGUCGAGGACACUGGGGGCGGGGCUUCACCGUGCUCCGCCUCUUCCUCGUCCUCCUCGAGUCCGCCCCAAACGCAGCGGGCGGCGACAAUCGCUCUUAGCAACGGAAACGGAUUCUACGGUGACCAGCGGGGCGGAUUGGCAGCGGUGGCGCUGCCGCAGAAUGCGCUCAUCGUCAUGACGACGGCAGCACUGGUGGGGCGUGGCUGUGGGGAGGAGCCAAAGGGCAAGCUAGGCUCCACACGACUGUCGCUCACCCGCACCGGCGGGCGGCUCGUUCUAUCUCCUGUGCCGCCCAAACAGGACACGCCCUCCCCGCCAAGCUCCGCCUCCCCACCGAGCCCUGCCCCACCCAAUCAGGGCGUGGCCACGCUGUCACUCACUCUCCUGCCCAGCCCUGUGAUUGGAGGACUGCUGCUGACCGACCGCAUUGUCCCAGACACCCCCGGGAUGCUCCUGCACCCAAACCCAACGUCUCCCUCGCCCUCGCUGCUCCCGUUUGACCCCGAUUCCUUUCUCAACUGCCCCAAACAGGGGCAGACCUACGGAGGCCCCGCCCUCACAUCCCACUCCGCCUCCUCUUCCCCGUCUCCGCCUCUUUCUACAUCUCCUCAGCCCCCGUCUCUCGCUCUGUCUCUUUCUCCCACGUCUCCGCCGUCGUCUCUAUCCUCCCUCUCUUCUGAGACGGAAAGGAAGAGUAUUCCGGGUCGUCCCUCCUCCAGUCCAGUCUCCCUGUCUCUUUCGCUCUCUCCGACGCGAACGACUCCCGCGCUGCUCCCGUUGUGUCUGGAGUCGUCAUUAGGACUCGAUUCGCUGAGUCCCCCACUGUCUGUCCCUCCCUCCGACAACAGAGCUCCUCCCACCGGAUUCAACGCUGAAGCCCCGCCUGGUCAUCUACUGACCAAUCAGGUCAACAGGAUGACCCAGAUAACACCCUCCCUCGAAGUGCUGCCGACCAAUCAGCUGCCUACAGAGGGAGAAAAGGCUGAGUCACAGCACCCUUGUCCUCUAGAAACGCACCCCAUGUGCAUUCAACCACCAAAUCUGACCCCGCCCCCGGCCACGCCCCCAAGCGUGAGUCCCGUUCAAGUGAAGGAGGAGCAGUCUCUGCCCACUCAAGCACAUUUCGAAUCAGACGUCACGCCCAUGGACACCACCCACUGUGACCAUAUCGACGGCGAGGAGGCGGGGCUGACGUUUGACUCCGCCUUCCCCGACCUCAUAUCUGAGCUCAUCACAGAGGAGCCCGUCAGCCACCCUCCCACCCUGGCUCCGCCCGUUUACCCCGUCAGGUACAUGGUUCCGCCUCAGCCGACACCGUCCACCUCGUUCCUGCCCUUCCUGCUCCUUACAAACUGCUCACCGGAACAAACCCAGCAGCUGGCCAACAUCACGGACUUCUCACCCGAGUGGUCGUACCCGGAGGGCGGAGUGAAGGUGUUGAUCACAGCUCAUGAAGCUGGACUCGUCGCUCUGCACGUGUUGAAGGACUCCAGCGCCGUCUCCUCCUCAGUGCUGUUUGAGUAUCGCGCUCGCAACGCCUCGUCCUUACCGAGCUCACAGCUGGACUGGUUAUCACUGGAUGAUAACCAGUUCAGGAUGUCGAUUCUGGAGCGUUUGGAGCAGAUGGAGCGGCGAAUGGCAGAAAUGUCAAAUAACAGUCAGCAGAAUCAACACAUGAUUCACUAUCAUCAGCAUCUGUCGAGGAACCAGAGCUCCGCUCCGCGCUUGACUCCUGAGAACCAGUCGGGGCUGUGGUUCGAGCGCAGGAUCGUGGCCGUGUGCGAGCGGAUGAUGGCCGGCGGUCGCUGGGAACGAGGCGGUGAGACGGACAGACUCACACACUCCAUCAGACACCGAGGGAUGACGCUACUGCACCUCGCCGCUGCUCAGGGAUACACACAGCUCAUACACACACUCAUACGCUGGAGGAGUAUCAGUGUGAAUAGUUUGGAUCUGGAACAGGAAGUGGAUCCUCUGAAUGUUGAUCAUUUCUCCUGCACACCUCUGAUGUGGGCGUGUGCUCUGGGUCAUCAGGCCGCAGCUGUGUUGUUGUACCGCUGGAGCAGCGCGGCUCUGGGAAUCCCGGACUCUCUGGGUCGUCUGCCUCUGGCUGUGGCACAUUCCCGUGGACACACACGUCUAGCGCGCUGUCUGGAGGAGUUACACACACACUCUCAGACGCAGGAACACACACCGGACACACCCUCACCUCCGUACCGACCCCUGUCUCCACUGUCCUGCAGCCCUGACACGGGUAACAACACACACCAGGCCCCUGGGCGGAGGCUUAAGGAGCAGCAGGACAUGGCUGCAGCUGUAAUACAGCGCUGUUACCGCAAAUACAAACAGCUAACAUGGAUAGCACUGAAGUACGCCUUGUAUAAGAAGAUGACACAGGCAGCCAUACUGAUUCAGAGCAAGUUCCGCAGUUAUUACGAGCAGAAGAAGUUCCAGCAGUCGCGGCGAGCAGCCGUCCUCAUCCAGCAGUACUACCGCAGCUAUAAAGAGUAUGAGCGCGUCAAGCAGGGGCCACGCGGCCCCGGGGCCCUCAACACCAGGCUCAAAGGCUCGUUCCUGACCAAGAAACAGGAUCAGGCCGCGCGGAAGAUCAUGCGCUUCCUCAGACGCUGCAGACACAGGAUUAAGGAGCUGAAACAGAGUAAAGAGCUGGAGCGCAAAUGACUGACCACCUGACCUCACACACUCACUCACUCACUCACUCACUCACACGCACACACACUCACUCACUCACUCGCACACUCAC